GUUUUUGUUUUGUUGUUGAGAUGAGACACAAGCGCGCCUUCGCCCCUUGUGCUCACUCUCAUCUAGCACCCAUCAAAGCCUGACCAGGGAGUCAGUUGAUAAGAACAUCUAUCUGCAUUUCUCUUUCCAAAGCUCGCUCGGGCCUACCGAUUUCACAGCAGUGUAGACCAACCUCUGUGAUAGAGCGGUGACAGCAGUGUAACCUCUGUGGUAGACUACAAAGUCUACGAGCUACAGCGGCACCGCCACCUCCGCUGCUGCAAGACGCCACAUUCUGUGAGGUGUCAGCGGAGCUCGCAGGGUCCGCCCACGCCCUGUGAUUCUCCGACCGCAAUAUGGGCUUCUUCAAACUGUUUGGAUCGGUGCUGCUUUCGAUCGAGCCCAGAACACAUGCAGCAACGGCCUCAUUGGGGUAGAAUGAGAUGGAAUCUGCUGCAACGUCGACUGCGGCACGUGCGGUGGGAGCGACUGUCAAGACAGAGGAAACGGCCUCGAAGCCGGCGACUGCUGCAGAAACUAUAUCACCAAUCAUGGAGCCCUGUGCUCGGAGAAAGCUGCUGCACCUUGCAUCAUUGAUGACUUGAACGUUGCCGCGAUUUCUCUCGGCCGCCACAGAUGGGGUGGGUGAACCACUCAACACGCCUGUACCGUCAAGACACAUCGACCUCUGCUGGGUUUGAAGUUGACGUUGGGGUUGACUACAUGAAUGGUGGUGUAGAUUACCUCACGUAUUUAUCCACGUGAAACAACCCUAGGUUUGCUGCUUCCUAUUGAGGAAAGGUGUGAGCUUGUGAAUCCUGAACAAUGCUCUAUAAAUGCGUGGGGGUGUAUGGAGAUGAAGCAAGCAACUGGAACUGAAACAAAUUCUGCCAUUGUUGUCAUUGUUGUGCCAUCACAACUCCCGCUUUGUUGAGACGUGGUCGUUUUAGUGAGUUACAGGACACUAGGUUGUUAAAUUUGAAUAUUGGAAUUCACCACGACGAUCAUUUCGAAAUAGCUGAUGUGGUUUCGAGCAAUAUCCACCUCGUUAUCAUUGUCGCUGUCGAGGUACAGCAUCCGUUUCGCCAUUUUCUCUAUGAAAAGAAUAUCAAAUGUCACAACUACAAGUCAUACUUCAUCAUCCUGGCCGAACGUUUCACUCAAGAAACAUCGGAGGCUGACCACGACGACGCGAAGUGCAGCAACGGCUUUGUCGGGGUAGAAUCAGAGAACAUCUGCUGCCAUGCACACAGACUGCGGCUAACGUACCUAGAAGAGGGAUACCAAAAUAAAAUGGACCCCAAGGGUUAGCAGAGCGAUAAAAUACAAGAAAACAAAAGAAUCAGAAACAAAUAAUAACUCAAUAGUGGAACGUGCGCACCACCAGCCUGGGGGGUAGCCUUCCGGAAGGACCCCAAGGGUCAGCAGUACGUGCCAGUAAAAAAACAAAACAAAAUAACACGAAAUAAACCAAAGACAGACGAGGACAUUAACAAACUCGCACAGAGACAGGGAUAUCCG